AUGGCAGACACCGGCAUGCUCCUCAAUUUCGACCUCGGUGAUGCUCCGUUGAAACGCCAGGUCAAGUACACAGGUGGCCGCUGGAGGGACCGAAAACACGCUCAAAGAAGCGCCAACAAGGAUCGAGAUGGCCCUCUGAGCGGCAGCAACUCUACCCCGCUGCCCAACGACCGACGAGACCACAAACCCUCGGACGACGAGCGCGCCGGCGAUGACGAGAGGCCGACAAAGCGGCAGCGGACUCAUGGCGAUGCGAGGGGCCAUUCACGCCCAGAUACCUCGUCCAGAUCCCUUUCGUACAUGACUGGAAAGCUGCCGCCGGGGAGUAUCAGCACCGCACCAAGGCAUGGCACCCAGAACGCAAAGCCGGGGGGCGUGACUUCUCGACUUUUUACAUCGAACCCGACACCCAAGACCGUCUUCGAAGAUCCUGUCGAAGAGGUCGAACCCGCGAAGCCAUCCAAUGCCCCACUGUCCGACGAGGCCGAGAACUUCCAUGCUCUAGGCCUAUCGCGGCGAAUCGCGCAGCAUCUAUCUGCGAAGCUCGAGAUGAAAGCCCCAACCUCGAUACAGAAGAACACCAUACCCCAGCUGGUGAAGGAGGAUAGUGAUGCCUUUCUACAAGCCGAGACCGGUUCCGGAAAGACCCUGGCCUACUUGUUACCCAUCGUCCAGAGAAUCAUGGCACUCAGUCAGCACGAGGACGGCACCAGCACUGCUGUACAGAUACACCGUGACUCUGGGCUCUUUGCUAUCGUUCUUGCCCCAACGAGAGAACUGUGCAAGCAAAUCGCCAUGGUACUAGAAAAGGUUCUUCGAUGCGCACCCUGGAUCGUUAGCACCAUUGUAAUAGGUGGUGAGAGCAAGAAGUCCGAGAAGGCGCGGAUAAGGAAGGGCGUCAAUAUCUUGAUUGCAACUCCUGGUCGUCUGGCUGACCAUCUUCUCAAUACCAAGGUCCUUGAUGUUGGUACUGUGAGGUGGCUAGUGCUGGACGAGGGUGACCGGCUGAUGGAGAUGGGCUUCGAGGAUGAGCUCAAGAGCAUUGUUGGCAAGAUCCGCGAGGACGCUCUGAAAGAGUCCAACAAGGAAGGGGUGAAGUUUGACACUCUGCCGCAACGGCGAGUUACCGUGCUCUGUUCCGCUACGAUGAAGAUGAACGUGCAGAAGUUGGGCGAGAUCAGCUUACAAGAUGCCAUCCAUGUCACAGCUGCAAAGGCAGACAACGAGGAGGGCAAUGCGACAGAAACCAACGAUGCUGUCUUCAGUGCGCCUUCUCAGCUCAAGCAGUCGUAUAUGAUUGUGCCAGCGAAGCUGCGGUUGGUUACACUCAUCGCGCUCCUCAAGGCUUCUUUCGCUCGGAAAGGGUCCGUCAUGAAGGCCAUCGUGUUCAUAUCUUGCGCCGAUUCAGUCGACUUCCAUUUUGACCUCCUCCGCUCGACUCCCGCUCAACCUCCUUCACCCGACGAGAUGUCCUUGACCACAAAUACCGUUGCCGAUGCCGCCUACAUAACUUCUCCCGCCAAUCCCGCCAUAACUCUGCUCAAACUCCACGGCUCUCUUAAACAGCCAGUGCGCACUUCUACCCUCGCCUCCUUCCACAUGUCAAAGGAUCCCUGCGUCCUCAUCACCACUGACAUUACGUCCCGCGGCCUCGAUGUUCCGUCUGUCGAUCUCGUCAUCGAAUACGAUCCCGCCUUCAGUGUAGACGAUCAUGUCCACCGUAUAGGACGAACUGCCCGAGCAGGGCGGCCUGGCAAGGCCGCCCUGUUCAUCCAGCCUGGCUGUGAGGAAGGAUACAUAAAUCUGCUCAACUCCGCAACGUCAGCCGUCGCCGAAUCUUACGAAUCCACUCUUCAGAAGGGCUUUCUCUCUCCCGUCACUCUGCCAAAAAUUGAGAAGGGUUCGGAGGCGCCGAUACUUGUUUCCGACAGACAAUCUCCAAACUCGCGCGCUGAAGCUUUGCAACUCCAUGUGGAGCAGCGCCUACUCGCAUCUGAAAAAGAGGGCAAGUCUAAACUCCUAGACCAAGCUCGGCAAGCAUUCCGUUCUCAUAUCCGAGCCUAUGCUACUCAUGUUCGCGAAGAACGGAGCUGCUUUGAUAUCACGCAGCUGCAUCUGGGCCACACGGCAAAGAGCUACGGGUUGAGAGAGGCGCCGGGUGGCAUUGGUGGCGGACCUUCGAGACGGACGUUCAAGCCUGGUCACAACCACAAGCCCAGUGCACAGAAGCAUGCGGCAAAGUCUGACGACCGGGACGAGCGGUCGGUUGACAGGAGAGCUGACCAUGAUGAAAUCGGCACUGCGGAUGAUGACGCGGCCAGGAGGAUGCGCAUGAAGAUGAUGCAAGCAACGAACGCUGCUGGGGAGUUCAACAUUGGUUAG